AUGACGACUAACUAUUUAGUGCCAAACACUAAACCGAUUAAUGGAAAUGUGUUUCAUUCAUUCGAAAAGAUAAAUGAAAUAUUCGCAAAGAAUGACGGUAGAAGAUAUUAUAGAGAACUUGAAAGUUCAUGCUAUGACUCUGAUGCUCCAUAUUUUGAUGAUAAACAAACUCAUUUAAGAAUUACAAAUCCGGCUCAUGAUGUGAACCAAUUAGGUGACACAUAUAUUAAACGCAAAGUUAAAGCAACUCUAGUUUCAAAUAAAGCUUUCACAUGUGAUGCCGCUUUUAAAUGCAUGCGUUUAUUCGUUGGUUACAAAUCAUCAAAUCAAAGCUUUAAACAAUUAGAAGUAGAAACCGAAAGAGGUGAUGCCGGUUAUCUUCAGAUGGAUUGCGCCCGUGAAUCUUUCGCAUUUGCAACAUAUAAACCAAAAUCAGAAAGGAAAGUUAAAAAGUUUGUUCAUUCGUUAUAUAAUAAUGUUCAAAAAUAUGAUAACUCAGUAUGUGGUAAAUAUAUUGACCCUUCAGAAGUUUUCAAGAACGCAAAUGAAGAAGUUGAUAUCACUUUUGAUAUGAUUAUUCCGGUAAAUGAUUUGUUAGCAUUUCAGGCGUUCGAUGAUUAUCCUAAAUCAUUUGGUGAUAUCAUUCUUAAAUAUUAUGUUUUCAGGGAUACUUUAGUAUUUUGUCAGGUUGACCCGUUAAGAGUUGCUGAUUUACAAAAUUACGUUUAUGAAAAGAUAACUGAUGAAAAUUAUGAAAAGAUUAUGAAUCAUGUUUAUAAAUAUGAUCGCAAAUUCCAACAAAUCGGACUUCCUGCCAAAUUAAUUACAAGCUUAGCCG